UCCAUCCAUCCAGCAAAAGGCUGCGGACGUCAUUGACGGACGGGGCAUCGUGAAUUUUUGUAGACGAUGGCUUUACGUACCUUGGGGAUAAACUUUGCUCGUCUUCUGCAAACUUGUUCACCCAACAGCUUGCAAGGUACAGCAGUCACGAGGUGUCUAGCAUCGGUGCAGACUCCCAAAGACGUCGGUGGCAAUCCGGAAGAUGCAGAGAUCGUACUCGCCGAUCCCGUGGAACUGCAGAAGAAAAAAGAGGUCACCGAAGCGUUGAUUACUGUGGACACCCCAAUGGACAUUGCACCGCUGACCGGCGUUCCGGAGGAGCACAUCAAAACCCGCCGGGUUCGGAUCUUCGUGCCGGCCCGCAACGCAAUGCAGUCCGGCACCAACAACACCCACGCCUGGAGGAUGGAGUUUGACAACCGCGAACGCUGGGAGAACCCCCUGAUGGGCUGGUGCUCGUCGGGAGACCCGCUGUCCAACAUGAACGUCAACUUCAGCUCUAAGGAGGCCGCCAUGUCAUUCUGCGAGAAGAACGGUUGGGACUACUUUGUGGACGAGCCAGCUCCGCGGAGGUCGCCGCGGAAGAAUUACGGCGACAACUUUUCGUGGAACAAGAGGACGAGGGUGUCCACCAAAUAGAGUCCUUGCUUUGGAACACAUCGGCGUGAUCAGUUGCGAGAUCCACUCGAGGUUGAUUGGCUUCAAAGUGUGCUGUCGCCUCAUUAGGAGGAGGCAAUAAAACGAUUCUAGCGCUUG